UGCGCAUGCCGUCUUUUUGUUUUGAUUUUCCGGCUUAUCAGUUAUCACGUCUUGCGAGCAACUUCAUUCUCUUUCCCUCGUAUAAUUAUUAAUUGUUAAAUAGCUUGGUCGGAAUGUUGGAACCUAUUUUGCACCUAUUGAACAAGCAGAGGAUAGUUCUUGCAAGCGGCUCUCCGAGGCGGAAGGAAAUUCUCAGUCAAGUCGGUCUGAAGUUUGAGGUUGUCACCUCUAAAUUUCCUGAAACGUUGGAUCUGUCAAACUACAAGACUCAUGCCGAUUAUGCCAUUGACACAGCCUUCCAUAAAGUCAAAGAGGUCAGUGACCGUGAAGCAGCAGACCUCAUCAUUGGAGCGGACACUGUCGUAUCAUUGGGAGAUAAGAUCUUAGAAAAACCAGAAAGUGAUGCUCAUGCAGUAGCGAUGUUGACAGAGCUAAGUGGAAAGCAGCAUACCGUGUACACAGGAGUGAUCAUAAAGAAAGGCGACAAGUAUGUUAAAUUUUCGGAAGAAACGAAAGUGAAGAUAGGAGAUCUACCUAAAUCUGUGAUUGAGGCAUACGUCAAGACAGGGGAGCCUUUGGACAAAGCAGGUGGCUACGGGGUUCAAGGCAUCGGUGGAAGUUUAAUCCAAGGGAUCGAAGGAGAUUUUUACAAUGUAAUGGGAUUGCCUCUCUAUCAUUUUUGUCAAGAGUUGUCAAAACUUUAUGACACGUAAAAAAUGUAUAUGUUCCUUUCAAGUGACUCAUAAAAUACUUUUUUUUUUCCAAUAUCUGCUCCAAAACUCUAGCCACUAAGUCUAGUUUUACAAUCAAAGAUAAGAUUUUUUUGUGAGCAAGGAAAAUCUUUCAUCUGCAUGAUAUGACCUAUGAAAGAUAGGUGUGAAAUGAAUGUGCUAAAUAAGUGUUAAAAUGGGAAAAAUUUCAUAGAGAAUCAUCCUAUCUGCACCCUGCGUUGCCAAAUUUUCUCUCAUGUUUUAUUUUUUAAACGAAAAAUCCAGUAACACUAAAAAUCAAAAUUUUGUGUUUAUGUUUUUUGGAUUCUCCGGUAAAUUCAUAGGAGUUUUAAAGGCGUCUAGUAGUUUAAUUCUCUGUUGAAAAAAAGUGAAACAUGAGAGAAAAUUGGACAACGUCAAAUGCAGUUACGCUAAUUCCGGUUAAAUCUGUCAAAUUGUAUCAGUUCCAUAAAAAAAUGAUUGUUACCAAUAUUGGCUUAUCAUUGCUAUUAAGAUCAUUGUUAUGGUCAUCAGGCCAAAAUUUGUUUGUAUUUCUGAACUUUUUUCUUUAUACAUCAAUUGAGACCUUUUUCUUUUCUCUCUUUUUCCUACCAAUGAAUUGAAGUUAGAGGAGAAAAUCAAACUGAGACUUACCCAAUUUUUGUAUUCCCCAUUCCAAGUAGAAUUCAUGCUAACAAUUUUUAUAUUUUUGUGAUCUCUCUAAGCUUAAUGUGAAUCCGAUGAGAAAAAGUACCUUCUUUUUUAGUAUAUUUUUAGCCUUCCUCAAACCUAUUUUUUUUCCAGUUCCUAGGAAUUUCCAUUCCUACCCAAAAAAUGUUUGAAAAGGAUAGGUGGACAAAUAAAAGGUAUGCAUUAUGCAUUCACUUUCAAUUAGGUGUUAUAUUUUUUUGUGGGUAUCUACUUUAAUUUUUAUGACUGUGGAUUGUCAUCCGGACCUCAAAUAAAAAAACAUGAAAAUGCAUUGAUAA